UCCUCUUGAGCAUAUAACACUUUUUUUUAAUCACACCACAAGCACACAGGAAAACCAUAACACGAAGGAAGACCAUAGGCAGCCAUGGCUGAUACAAAGACAUCUACGGGCUUUCUCUUUUCUUCAGCUGUUUUGUUUAUUUUGGUUAUUUGGCAAUGUGAGUGCACAGAGAUAAUUGGUGGGAGAGAAGCUAUUCCGCACUCAAGACCAUACAUGGUUGCUCUGUACUUGAAUCAAGAAAAAUUUAAAACCAUAUGCGGUGGCGUUUUGAUAAAACCCAACUGGGUAUUAACUGCAGCUCACUGUAAUAUAACCGAGAAAACUAGGAUCAUUGUUGGUGUCCACUCACUUUCUGCCCAGGAAAGCCAGAAGCAGAUCAUCCCCAUGAUCGGGAAAUUCCAGCCCAAGGACUACAGUAUAAAGACAUUUGAUUAUGAUGUUCAGCUAUUACAGUUGUCUAAAGAGGCAGUGCUUGGAACCGAUGUCAGUGUUUUGCCAUUACCAGUAAAGUAUAAGAAACUGAAACCCGGGACUGUGUGUGAAACAGCGGGAUGGGGAACGACUACCAACCACCGCAACCGGAUUUCAGAUAAACUAAUGGAAGUCAACGUAACAAUACUGGCUAGAAAAACAUGUGCUGAAAAAUGGAAAUCUAUUCUCAAUAUAACCAGGAAUAUGAUCUGUACUAGCGAGCAGAAUGAAGUGAAGGGGACUUGUGCUGGAGAUUCUGGAGGGCCUUUGAUUUGUAAUGGAUUUUUAAGGGGACUCACAUCGUUUGGCAUGCCGGAGUGCGCUAUUCCUGGGGAUGCAAGUGUAUAUGGGAAACUCAACCGGAACGUCAUCAGCUGGAUUAAAAAAAUGAUUACUGGCGUGUCUUCAAACGUAUUUUAAUGUGAUUAUAUACAUAUAUACUGUGUAAUAUAUACUGGUAUCGAAUAAACUAUCAAGACCAA